ACAAGGACUCCUGGCAGGGGUUUUGGCUUACUACUAAUCCAAAUCAAUCCGUGCCUUAUGCGCUGUGGCUUUAACCCCUUAAAACAAACAUUUGCUUUGCAUAGAGACACAGUUUUAACAAAACACUCUGAGCCGAUGUUGCUGACAAGGUUGUCCCAGGUAAUGGCAUUUAACUGUCAACCUCAGACCUACAUUUUCAAAUGUUAAGCUAAAAUCCAGAGCUGAGAAACCGAUCAGACUUUAUGUGAUCAGCCUCACUAUUUGGAUGCCAGCCGUCUCAGCUAGCAUGUUUGUGUUGGGAGCAUUUUCCAUGCAGCCAAGAACUGGUGCACAGAUGCCAACAAUCUGAGACAACUUUCAACACUAUCGAAGUCAGCUGUCACAACCACAGCGGCACACAAACACGCAUUCCUGUGUGUUUCCAUUCCAGUGAGUGUGUCCACAUGGAAAAAUAAAAGGGUGUGACUUCUCUGAGAUAUAAGGCUGCUACAGAGUUUGAACGAACACACUGCAGUGCAAUUUUAUUGAUGUCCUAAUGGACAUGUAAAUUGCUAACAGUGUUGUGCAGCACCAACAAUUGAUGGUCUGUUCGUUUAGCCAUGAUAGAAUUUGCACUAGGCCACUGACAAAGCAUCCCUCUUGUCCUUUCUAGAGAGUAUAAUCAUAAUUGAUUGCCGUGUUUGCUUAGGCUCUUUCAGUUGGCCAUAUUGACUCUUGCCUUAAGCAUAAAACACAUUUCCAACUGCAAUAAUCAAGAGUGGAAAGCAUUUCAGAUUUUGUCUGGCUGUGGCUGAUGUUUCUUAUAAAUGUCAUCAUGCCACUUGGACAAAAAAAAUGAAACAAAUGUGUUAUUAAUGCACAAAAUGUUGUUUUUUGCUCAGCUAUUUGCAAGAUGUUUAUCUGAGGAUGACAACAAAGCUUUGUCGAGAGCUGUGGCAACACGCCACGCUCCGAUAGCCCUGAGUGAUGACCAAACCAGUAAAAGUCCUGCCCCUUUCAUACGAUUGGCUAGAGCAACAAUUUGCAGCCCACUUCAUCUAGAUGGGAUAGGUACAGUUCUCAGCGAGAGGAGAGAAAAGGGUGGUAAGUCGUGAUCCUCCUGCUGUUUUUAAGUAGAGGAAAGGGUUAGAGGGGUCAGAAAACUCACAAAGGGCAGAAAAGACGAGUCACUUUGCUCUAAGUUCAGACCACUGCUCUGGAUCAGCUGUGCAGAGCCUGAACAUCAACACUGACUUGACUUUAAAGGUGGCUCUUCCCUCCUCUGGCUUGUUUAUGGCUGUAAUCAUGUGGAAGAUAGCUGAUCAGCUUCCCUGGAUUUCGCUGACAGUCCCACUUCGUUUUGCCUGAAGAUGGAAACACUGGAGUCGGAGCUGACCUGCCCAAUCUGUCUGGAGCUUUUUGAGGACCCGCUGCUCUUGCCCUGCGCUCACAGUCUUUGUUUCAACUGUGCCCACCGAAUCCUGGUCUCCCACUGCACCCCCAGCGAGCCAAUUCAGUCCAUCAGCGCCUUUCAGUGCCCGACCUGCCGCUAUGUCAUCACCCUCAACCAGAGGGGCCUAGAGGGACUCAAACGCAACGUAACCCUGCAGAACAUCAUUGACCGCUACCAGAAGGCUUCCUUGAGUGGACCUAACUCCCCAAACGAGACCCGGCGUGAGCGAGCCGUCCCCGACAGCAGAGCCAUGACAUCUCCCAGUGACCGGGUGCAGUGCCAGUUCUGCGAGCAGGACCCUCCGCAGGACGCCGUGAAGACCUGCGUCACCUGCGAGGUGUCGUACUGCGAGGAGUGUCUCAAGGCCACCCAUCCCAACAAGAAGCCCUUCACGGGCCACCGUCUAAUCGAGCCCUUGCUGGACUCCCAUCUGCGAGGGCUUAUGUGUCUGGAGCACGAGGACGAGAAGGUCAACAUGUACUGCGUGACAGAUGAACAGUUGAUCUGUGCAUUGUGCAAGCUGGUCGGCCGACACCGAGACCACCAAGUGGCAGCCCUCAGCGACCGAUACGACAAACUCAAGAAAUCUCCUGGCCGCUUUCUCUGUGUGGGCCGUGAACAUUCACACCAGGAGGCAGACCAGCAAGCCUUGGAUUCCAACCUCAGCAAUCUAAUCAAGAGGACCAGUGAGUUGGAAAGUCUGAUGGGCAAACUUAUCCAAACCUGCCAACAUGUUGAGGUAAAUGCAUCGCGGCAGGAAAACAAGCUGCUAGAAGAGUGUGACCUGCUGAUUAAUAUAAUACAGCAGCGAAGACAAAUCAUAGCGACCAAGAUAAAGGAGGGGAAGUCUGUGAGGCUGAGGAAGCUCGCCCAGCAGAUAGCCAGCUGCAAACAGUGCAUCGAGAGGUCCUCGUCCCUCAUCGCUCAGGCUGACCAAACUCUCAAGGAGACUGACCACACUCGCUUCCUUCAGACGGCUAAAAGUAUCUGUGAGAGAGUCUCUAUGGCAACAGCGUCCUCCCAAAUCCUGUUACCAGAAAUUAACCUGAAUGACACCUUUGACACUUUUGCUUUGGACUUCACAAGAGAGAAGAAAAUGCUAGAAAGCUUGGAUUACCUCACUGCACCAAAUCCGCCAGUAAUCCGCGAGGAGUUAUGCACGGCUUCGUAUGACACGAUCACAGUUCACUGGACAUCAGAUGAUGAAUUCUCUGUUGUAUCGUAUGAACUUCAGUACGCCAUCUUCACCAGCCAAUCGAACGUUGUCAGUUUGUGUAACUCCGCUGACAGCUGGAUGAUAGUACCGAACAUCAAACAAAAUCACUACACUGUGCACGGACUCCAGUGUGGCACCAAGUACAUUUUCAUAGUGAAGGCCAUAAACCAGGCUGGAAACCGCAGCAGUGAACCGGGGAAACUCAAAACCAACAGUCAGCCAUUCAAAUUGGACCCGAAGUCUGCUCACAGAAAGCUGAGGGUGUCCCACGACAACCUGACGGUAGAGAGGGAUGAGACUUCGUCCAAGAAGAGCCACAGUCAGGACCGCUUCUCCAGUCAUAGCAGCUAUGGCGUCACAGGAAAUGUCUACAUCGACAGCGGCCGCCAUUACUGGGAGGCUCUGAUAGGAGGAAGCACAUGGUUCGCAGUGGGCAUUGCUUACAAGUCGGCACCAAAGCACGAGUGGGUUGGCAAAAACUCGGCCUCCUGGGUACUGUCUCGCUGCAACAACUCCUGGGUGGUGCGUCACAACAGCAAGGAGAUGCCCAUCGAGCCUUCGCCUCACCUGCGGCGUCUCGGGGUGUUGUUGGACUAUGACACUGGGUCUCUGUCUUUCUACGACGCUGUUGGAUCGCAGCACUUGUACACGUUUGACAUUGCCUUUGCGCAGCCAGUGUGCCCUGUGUUCAACGUGUGGAACAGGUGUUUAACAAUCCUCAGUGGACUGCCGAUCCCCGAUCACUUAGAGGGAACAGACUACAACAACUGAAAAAACACAUUUUCUUUUUGUAUCCAAAAAGAGACCAGACUGCCUGCACCUGUUAAACUGUGAUGACCACAUUUUUUAUGGUAGGAAGAGAAGAGAAAAAAGAAAACUGUUGUCAGACGAGAUGCAAUGACCUCGGUGUCCAUUCUUAAGCAAGCCUAUGUUGAAAUUAAUGGGAAUAAUUUAAGAAAUAUUUUCAGGCACUUGUAAAUGUAUUUCUUUGCUUUGCACAUUUAUGCACAUUGCUCUGCUGGGUGGUUUUAACGGUUUACUGACAUUUUUAAAAAAAAACUCAUGGAGAUAUUUUCAAAUGGGCUGCAUAUUUUUUUUAGCAUUAUUUUAAAAUUCAUAUUACACACUUUUGCAUUCAUGUCUUGUUAAGGUCGAUGAUAAACCUUGAACAGCAAGUGACAAGAGGGACUCUUUGGCUUGAAUGAUUCUGGAAAGUUAAUUUAUAGACUGUUAAUGUUUUUAAAGAUCGUUUUAAGUCAUAGCACUUUGAUAAGACAGAGUUGUCACUAUAAAUGCAUUUCUAAGCCACUUCUACUGUAAUACAAAUGUUUACUUGUCAUUGUAUUCUAAGGAAAUUUCACUUAAAUAGAUCCAGAAACAAUAGUUAAAAACUGUUUCACUUAGAAAUUCUAAUUUGCAAUCAGUCACUUCAGCCAUUUUUAAGUAUUUAUCUGUAAAUGUACUGUUUCAUCUCCUCACAGUAGUGAUUUCCAAACAAACCUUCAUCACAAUGUUCCCAUUUAAGUUCUAAGAUUUAAUAAAAAAUGACUUCACAUAA